AGGGAAAAAAUACAGUGGAAGCAAAAACUUGGCUUGAUAAUGAGUUUCCGGACUCUGCCCCAGGGAAAUCAACAAUAAUUGAUUGGUAUGCAAAAUUCAAGCGUGGUGAAAUGAGCACGGAGGACGGUGAACGCAGUGGACGCCCGAAAGAGGUGGUUACCGACGAAAACAUCAAAAAAAUCCACAAAAUGAUUUUGAAUGACCGUAAAAUGAAGUUGAUCGAGAUAGCAGAGGCCUUAAAGAUAUCAAAGGAACGUGUUGGUCAUAUCAUUCAUCAAUAUUUGGAUAUGCGGAAGCUCUGUGCAAAAUGGGUGCCGCGCGAGCUCACAUUUGACCAAAAACAACAACGUGUUGAUGAUUCUGAGCGGUGUUUGCAGCUGUUAACUCGUAAUACACCCGAGUUUUUGCGUCGAUAUGUGACAAUGGAUGAAACAUGGCUCCAUCACUACACUCCUGAGUCCAAUCGACAGUCGGCUGAGUGGACAGCGACCGGUGAACCGUCUCCGAAGCGUGGAAAGACUCAAAAGUCCGCUGGCAAAGUAAUGGCCUCUGUUUUUUGGGAUGCGCAUGGAAUAAUUUUUAUCGAUUAUCUUGAGAAGGGAAAAACCAUCAACAGUGACUAUUAUAUGGCGUUAUUGGAGCGUUUGAAGGUCGAAAUCGCGGCAAAACGGCCCCAUAUGAAGAAGAAAAAAGUGUUGUUCCACCAAGACAACGCACCGUGCCACAAGUCAUUGAGAACGAUGGCAAAAAUUCAUGAAUUGGGCUUCGAAUUGCUUCCCCACCCACCGUAUUCUCCAGAUCUGGCCCCCAGCGACUUUUUCUUGUUCUCAGACCUCAAAAGGAUGCUCGCAGGGAAAAAAUUUGGCUGCAAUGAAGAGGUGAUCGCCGAAACUGAGGCCUAUUUUGAGCAAAACCGAAGGAGUACUACCAAAAUGGUAUCAAAAAAUUGGAAGGUCGUUAUAAUCGUUGUAUCGCUCUUGAAGGGAACUAUGUUGAAUAAUAAAAACGAAUUUUGA